UCAUUUUCCACAGACGUAGAAACUUCAAAAGAAGCAGAUAUCUGAUUCAAAGUGCUUCGAAGCAGCUGAGCAAAUUCCAAGCAAAGCACACGCCCACGGACACACAGAGAGAGAGAGAGAGAGAGAGAGUCAAUCAGUCAGUCUCCAUGCCUGACUCUGUGCUAAUUCUCUGCUCCCUUCCAUCCAUUCUGGCCCUACUUCUAAUCUUCAUUCUCAUCAAAAGAAAGCAAAGCAGACUGAAUCUCCCGCCAGGCAACAUGGGCUGGCCUUUUCUUGGCGAAACUAUCGGCUAUCUUAAGCCUUACUCUGCUACUUCAGUUGGAGAGUUCAUGGAGCAACACAUAUCAAGGUACGGCAAAAUUUACAAGUCUAAUUUGUUCGGCGAGCCGACAAUAGUCUCGGCAGAUGCUGGGCUUAAUAGAUUCAUCUUACAGAACGAAGGAAGAUUAUUUGAAUGCAGCUAUCCUAGAAGCAUAGGUGGAAUUCUUGGAAAAUGGUCGAUGCUGGUAUUAGUUGGAGACAUGCAUAGAGACAUGAGGAGUAUCUCACUCAACUUCUUGAGCCAUGCCAGGCUUAGAACCCAUCUCUUGAGAGAAGUGGAGAAGCAUACUUUGCUUGUACUGAAUUCCUGGAAGGAGAAUUCUACAUUUUCAGCUCAAGAUGAAGCCAAGAAGUUUACCUUCAAUUUGAUGGCAAAACAUAUAAUGAGCAUGGAUCCCGGAAUGCCCGAGACCGAGCAGCUGAAGAAAGAAUAUGUUACCUUCAUGAAGGGGGUGGUAUCGGCUCCUCUGAAUUUUCCUGGAACUGCGUAUAGAAGGGCAUUACAGUCUCGAUCAACCAUCCUGAAGUUUAUUGAGGGCAAAAUGGAAGGCAGGAUUCAGAAAAUGAAGGAGGGAAGAGGAGAUAUGGAGGACAAUGAUCUUCUUGGAUGGGUCUUGAAGCAUUCCAAUCUUUCAACCGAGCAAAUUCUUGACUUGAUUCUAAGCUUGCUCUUCGCUGGCCAUGAAACUUCAUCAGUGGCCAUAGCUUUAGCUAUAUACUUCUUGCAAGGUUGUCCCAGUGCUGUUCAACAGCUAAGAGAAGAACACCUUGAAAUUGCCAGACCCAAGAAGCAAUCAGGAGAAGUGGAUUUGAAUUGGGAUGACUACAGGAAAAUGGAUUUCACCCAAUGUGUUAUUAAUGAGACACUCCGGCUUGGUAAUGUAGUAAGAUUUCUCCACAGAAAGGCACUCAAAGAUGUUCGGUAUAGAGGGUAUGACAUUCCAUGUGGAUGGAAAGUGCUUCCGGUGAUUGCAGCCGUGCACUUGGAUACUUUUCUUUUUGACCAGCCUCGACAGUUCAAUCCGUGGAGAUGGCAGAAUAAUGGAACGCGUGAAUCUUCAUCCAGUUGCCCGAGCAUGACAACAAGUAAUAACUUCUUGCCCUUUGGGGGAGGACCACGACUGUGUGCCGGAUCAGAAUUGGCCAAACUUGAAAUGGCCGUAUUCAUCCACCAUCUGGUCCUCAACUACCACUGGGAGUUGGCCGAUAUGGAUCAAGCUUUCGCCUUCCCUUUUGUUGAUUUCCCAAAAGGCCUACCAAUCAGAGUUCAACACCACAGUUUCAUAUAGCUAGCUACAAGACAACAGCUAGCCCAUGCAUGCAUAAAAACUUUCAAGAAAAGACACCUCUCCAUCGGUCUCAGCCUCUCAGCCUCUCAUAUAUGCUAGCUGGACAUAAAAAAAACACAAAACAAAAGCUAGCUCAUUUGACGUGACGAUUGAGUUCUUGGAUUUUCCAACGGCUUAGUGUAAGUUUGUUUUGACUACAUGCAUUAUGCAGCUCACAUGAGCAAAGGGAAGACAAAGAAAUGAAGUACACAUGCAAGAUCCUUCCUAGCCAGGGCCACCCUAAAUUGUAAAUUUGUUUUCCUCUAGUCCCUUCAUGCUGGGGCUUGGGAGGAAUUAUAUAUAUAUAUAUAUAUAUAUAUAUAUAUAUAUAUAUAUAUAUAUAUAUAUAU